CCUUAUUAUAUGACUUGUCUCUUAAAAUUUCUAAAAAUAUUAAAAAGUGACAUCUUCUACAAGAUUGGUUGUAUAAAAGUUAUAUUUUUUCUGAGAAAAGCGAAGUAAGCCAGGGGAUUCCUAUAAGCGCAAUUGUCGCCUAAUGAAAAAAUACAAAUUCAAACGUGACCAUGUCGUCAGUGUUCAGUAAGAACUCCAUACUGACCGGCUGUGUGGACUUCUUCUGCCUGGCCUGUGAGGCUCAGCUGCGGAGUGAUGAGGACGCCAUACAGCACAUUGGGAAACCCAUACAUAAGAAGAACUUGGACGCUACCAGCUUCCUGGAUAAGCAUAAGGAUGACCGGGUUAGGAAGGUGAAGAAAGGCUACUACUGCGAAUUCUGCAACGUGUUCAUGCGGACCGCGGCCAAAGUGGGCCCUCAUGUCGCCGAACCUACGCACAGAGAGAACAAGUCUCUGCGACCGUUGAGGAGAGAGGGCAACGGCGUGCUAGCGUUCGACAGCGUCUUCAUCAACGAAAACGCGUGGCACGGCCUCAUCGACGACACGUGUGCGGUCUGCGACGCAGAGUUCGACAACGCACAGAUACACAAGACCGACACCUGGCACGCUCUUAAUCUCGUGCUGAUCGAGGUUGAGAUCGAAGGCAACAACGUGUAUAGAAAGGUGGACGAAUCCACAUUCCAAUGCCUGACCUGCAACAUGGUUUGCGCUCAAAACACGAUGAACGAGCAUUUCGAGGAAGUCGAGCACAAGAAACUGUACCAACAGUGUUUAUCUGCCAAAACCAAUGGGAAACAAAACGGUACAGAAACUGCCAAAUCCUCAGAAAAAGAAGUAAAGGAGGAAAAAACACAAAAGCCAACUGAGAAAGAAACGACAAAAGAUGAUAGCAAAUCGCCCGAGAAGAAAAAGUCGAGGAAAUCACCGGAAAAGGAAUCUAAACCGGAAACUAAGAAAACAGAAGUAGAAAAGAAGUCUGAAGCAAAAGAAUCAGAAAAGAAAGAAAUAAAAUCGGUUGAAAAUGGAAAGAAGGAAGAUAAGAAACCAGCAAGUGGAGGCAAAGAUGCUCUUGGAAAAACAGAUAGAGACAUUUGCAAAGGCCUUGGAACUGUAAACUAUAUCACCAGAGAUGUGUGCGGCAAGCAAUGGUGCAUCCUUUGCGACUGGGCUAUGGACGACAGCUCUGUAAAAUCUCACAUCGAAAGCAGACAUCACCAAACCUUACUCAAGAUGCAUAAGGAAAGACAGGCUAAGAACCAAAAUGGCGUCGAAAACGGCGAAUAUCUGAAUGAGAAUAACAGCAGGAUCUCUGAUGCUGCAAGCGAGUUUCAGAAGAAUGAUAUCAAGCUGGAUUUGAUCGACGGUGGCGCGUAUUGUAGAAAAUGCUCAAAGAACGUCGAUUUUGAUUACGAUCUGAUUAAGGACCACAUUGAAGAACAUAAGAAGAAAGCAGCCAAAGAAACAAAGGAAGCAAAAGACGUGAAACCAUUCCCAACUGGAAGCGAAACGAAAACUUCAACGAAUAUUUUCACGGCACCAGUUCACAAGAACGACCCUAAACCGAAAGAAAGAAAAGAAUCUCGGUCAUCAUCAGUAGCGUCAAAUCGCGAAGAAGACGAGGUGGACGAUUUCGCAAAACAGCACAACUUGACGCACAACGCUGGCAAUGCCAAUGCAUUCUGCCGCCUCUGCGUGACUAAAAUACCGGCUACGAUCAAAAACAUGAGAGAGCAUGUCAAUGGAACGGCGCAUAAAAGCAAAAUUGCUAAAACGACUGUUAAAUCAACAGUCAACGCGCCUACAAUGACGCCUUCCCACAUCUUUGUAGACAGCGUUAUCACUGUUGAGAAUAUGUUCUCAAAAGACAUCGUGAUCAAUGAGAAAUUCGUUGUAAACGUACUGAGUUUCCUGAUGAUCACUAAGAAUGGUGCUAAGCUUCGUUGCCAAGCUUGCGAGGUGAAUGUAGCCAUGUCGGAUAUAGACAACCAUAAGAAAACGCCGAAACAUGAGAGGUCGAUGAAUGAUGCUAUGGUCGCUUCGUCUGAAGACUCGGAAUUCAUAAGAGAGAUCCGUGCAAACCUGUUCCACUGCGGGUUCUGCAACCAGCUGGAGGCGACCUGGGCCACCAUGCAGGCGCACCUCAAGAGCACGGCGCACCGGGAAGCCAAGACAUCAGCAUCAUGGCGCCUGCAGGAGUAUGUGCCGAUGAUCGCGCAGCACAAGAUGCGUCAACGCAUGCAAAUCGACCUCUUCACCAGGAUGCUGGUCGGCCAGAUGUUCGGGGACGACUAAACACGUCACUGGACGUGAUGGAAGAUUGUCAAGGUAUAACGGGCAAACAGGUCAAUUAUUAAGAUUUUUAAAAAAGUAAUUUUAAGGAAAACUCAAGCCUGCCCUUAAGUAACCGUUUUAUACAUACCUUUUAAAAUAUUUCGAAUUCUCAACAAUUCUGAUACAAGUUCCUACUGUAUCUUCAGAGUGUGAUAAACUUCUGGAUAUGUUAGAUCAUAUAUAGGUACUCAUGGUCUACUCAUGAUAGACUGUCAAGGUAUCAGAACGGACACAGGUCAAUAUUCUUAAGAUUGUAUACCAAAAUUUAUAAGUUCUGAAAAGAGGUACUUCGAAACGAGUGGCGAUCUAAUGAACAUGUUAGGUGUUUUAAUUUAUCGACACUUGUAUCGAAUUCCCUCUUUUUCGCACUUGUAGCGUCUAUUACGAUACAUCAGAUCUGAUUAACUUUAAGAGUAUUAUAAAUUUAAGUGUUCUACGAGUAUGUUUUGUAACUUGUAAUUUAGCUCUCAUUAGCUAUUUUAUACAUGAUGAUCAGGGAGCGUACUUUUCAUGCCGAUGACAUUAAUCUGACGUCACGCUCCGUAUAGGAUGAUCACAAAUAGUUUUAUUGUAAAUUAUUAAUCAUUAUUCGUCAAUCAUUUUAAUCG